UCUUCUGAAAUCGAACAACGAUAGGUUUAAAACCGACUUUGUCAUUUCAACACGGAAAAAACAAAAAUCAAUGGAGGACAGCUGGUGGGUGGCCAAUUUAAAGGCUCUGGAGUCGAGGCCACAACGCCUUGAGGCGCUGAUCACGAUGAACACGACCAUCGCAAAGGACGCGGCUCUUUCGCGGCAAAUCAUUGAACGCCUGCUGACCACGGCGGAGUUGUAUGACUGCGCCAAUUCCGCGGCGGAUUCGCAUGUUCCCAAGGAUCAGGCUGUGGACGUGACCCUGGAGUUGCUGGGCCACUGCCUUGAUCAGCUGGCAAUGGACACAGCCGACGAGCAACUGCCCAGUUUGCUGAGACGUGGCUUGACCCACCAGAAUCCCGCCUUGCGUGCCCUGGUGUUGGCCAGGUUGCUCAAGGAGCUGCGCCGCCAGUUGGUUGCCGGGCAGGUUCGCACCCUGCCCAACAAUGAGCUUAUAUUCCUCAUCUUGGACGAGCUGAAACAGCCGGAUACGGAGGGCACCUCACUGGCCAUCAAUAUACUGUCCAUUGUGCUUGUUCAGCGACUCAGCGAUGCCGAUGUGCAGGCCAAACUAGUGCACCUCCUCCAGCAGAAUGAGAUCGUGCGCUGUUGCGCCUACGAAUUGGCAGUGGUGCUGGCCAAGGAGAGUGCCGCCACGCUCAGUGCAGUCAAAUUUAUUCUGGACGCUGCGCUCAGCGAACUGGACAACGACGAUGUUUUAUUGCAGGCCAGCGUCAUGGAGCUCCUAGUGCCACUUGCUAAACAGAACCAUGGUCUCUCCUACAUGGAACGGCGUCGUGUUUUGGAUAUAAUCAGCACACGGGUCCAAAGCAUCGAGGAGCAUCCGUUAGAAGCCCUGCUCAUACCCAGCAUUAUGAAGUUUUUCGGCAAAAUUGCCGCAUACCAGCCUCUGAAGAUCAUUGCCGGCUACCCGCACAUGCUCGCCUGUUUGUUCCAGCAGCUGCAAUCGGAGGAUGAGAGUAUUCUGCCCACCGCCAUGGAUACGCUGGCCAAUUUGGCCAGUACUCCGCAGGGUAAGAUGCUCCUGCACCUGCACUUCAACGCGGCCGUGGAGGAGUCGUUUAAGAUAUAUGGCUCGUACACUAAGAAGCUAUCGGCGCCCAUCAAGGAGCGGCUGCUCAACUCGCUGGAUGUGAUUUAUGAGGUGGAGACACCGCCCACCAAAGAACUCAAUGCCAUUCUUAAAAGCUGGUACGAGUGCUUCGCUGGGGGAGCCCAUGCCAAUGUUAUCAUGGACCUGAUCAACACCCCGUUCCCUGACCUACAAAUGGCCGCAUUGGCGCUGUUGAAGACCAUUUGCAAGUACGACUGGGGCAUUGUAGCUCUUAAGAAUACCGGCGGUGCUGUGGAGUUCCUGCUGUCGCGUCAAAGGGAUCUGCACAGGAACAUUAAGUAUAUCAAGUGGCAAAUCAUGGAGAUUCUGUCCGCCAGCGCCGAGUUCUCGCCCACCGAAACCGUCCGUUUUACGGCCUACGUGAACGAGGGACCCUAUCACGUUCAGGCGGACCUCGAUAUAGCCACCGAACCGCAGGGCAACGCCUAGAGGUCGGUAUGCCAAGCAUUUGCGGCCUUUGAUUAUAAAUCGUAUGUACAGCGACAGGUUCAAUUAACAUCUGAAUAUGUAUUUAAAGAAUUACAAUAAGAUUUAACUAUUAGAUCACAUGUAACAAUGCCCCAUUGAGCAGGUCGAAUUAAUGGGGAUGCAACAAAUAGUCAGAAUAUUCAUUGGACAAUUGUAAGUGGUUUGCCUUAAAGCGAUUGCUAAAAUAUCAACUUUUGUAAUUUACAUAGAAAGGAUUGAAUACCUUCUGAGGGCAAAGUAAAUCAUUUACAAUAAAGAAACUUAAAUACAA